UUAUUUUUUUCAUCUGCAUUUUUAGUUUCUACUGACAUUCUACAGGAAUUUUAUACUUUUUUCUUUAUUUAUUUUUUCUAAUCAGUAUCUUACUUGUUUUGUUUGCUGAGGUUAUUUGUUUUGCUUUUGAAUUUUUCUAUUAUUAUUUUUUUUCUUUCUUGGGUUUUUGGAAUGAUGGGUUUUGCUUUGAUGGGUCCUUCUCUUUUGGCAUUUUGGUAAUGGGUUUUGAGUUUUAUGCUGUAUUUUUCUAUUUUUGUUUGUUGAUUCUUCUUUCUUGGGUUUUGGGGGGAUUGGAUUUUUGUUGAUGGGUGUUUGUCGUUUUUGGAUUUUGAGAAAUGGGUUUUUGUUAUUUUCCAGUUUUAUGGGGUUUGGUUUGAGGGUUUUGUGUUAGGUGUUUGAAUACAAAUCAAUGUGAUAUAAAAAAAAAAAAUUUUCUGAAUUUUUUAUUGCUUUUCUUUUACCUUUUUGGUUUUUAAAAAGGUUGCAUUUUGUUGAAGUUUGGAUGGUUUUGGGGUGGAUUUGAAGCAAAGUAGAUAGGGAGAACAAUGAGUCCCUUUUUUACACAGUUCUGAGGUUUUGGAGGAUAGGCAGUGUAUUUUUUGAGGAAAUAACAGAUUCAGAGAGAUGGGUUUUCUUUAAUUCUAUUUAUUUAUUUUUCAUUGUUCUCUGUUUCGAGAUCAGCGGUUGCAAUGUUGCUUGCUUUUGUGUGGGGUUCUUUGGUGAUCUUUGGUGGAAUGGGGGGUAAUGUGUUUGUGCAGAUGAAAUUGGAGUGAAGGCAUUGGGCAUUUGGAUUGUGAGAUGGACCGUCGGAGUUGGCUGUGGAGGCGGAAGUCCUCGGAGAAAAGCCCAGGGGAGACUGAGAGCUCGGGGUCAGUGUCUUCUCAUUCGGAGAGAUUUUCGGACGAUCAGGAGGCAUCACGUGCAUCUCCAAAUCAUACUCGAUCACCGGAGGUUUCAUCGAACCAUGUAGGAAAUGAAGUGCACGACAACAUGAAGAAUUUGACUGAGAAGCUAUCAGCUGCUCUUUCGAACAUUAGUGCCAAAGAGGAUUUGGUGAAGCAGCAUGCCAAAGUUGCUGAAGAAGCUGUUUCAGGCUGGGAAAAGGCAGAAAAUGAAGUGGUGGCUUUGAAGCAGCAGCUUGAAGCUGCAGCACAAAAGAACUCAGCCCUUGAAGAUCGAGUGGGUCACCUUGAUGGCGCCCUCAAGGAAUGUGUGAGGCAGCUCCGACAGGCAAGGGAGGAGCAAGAACAGAAGAUCCAUGAUGCAAUCAUAAAGAAGACCCGUGAAUGGGAAUCUGCCAAGUUCGAGCUUGAGAGCAAGCUCACUGAGCUCCAAACCCAGCUAGAAACAUCGAAAGCAGAAGCCAGCGCUGCAUCAGUAGAUCAUGAGCUCCGGCCGAAGCUUGAAGCUGCACAGAAAGAGAACUCAGCUCUCAGGCACGAGCUCCUCACUCAGGCAGAGGAGCUCGAGGUCCAGACUCUGGAGAGGGAGCUGAGUACCCAAGUGGCAGAAACGGCUAGCAAGCAGCAUCUGGAGAGUAUAAAGAAGGUGGCUAAGCUUGAAGCCGAGUGUCGUAGACUACGAGCUGUGGCCCGGAAGGCAUCCCCAGCCAACGAUCACAAGCUUGUCACUGCAUCCUCAAUUUAUGUGGAAUCGCUCACGGACAGCCAAUCUGAUAGUGGGGAACGAAUGCUUACAAUCGAGUCAGAUAUUCGCAAGAUGGGCAGCAUGGAGUCAAAUGAGUGCGAGCCGAGCUGCUCAGACUCAUGGGCAUCGGCUCUAAUUGCUGAACUCGAUCAGUUCAAGAACGACAAGGCUGUCAGUAGGAGCCUCACGUCUGCUUCCAUAAACAUCGACCUCAUGGAUGACUUCCUUGAGAUGGAGAGACUGGUGGCAUUGCCCGAGACAGAUAAUCGUAGCCGUGGAUCAGAUGUUGGGCCUGUUCUGGACCAACCCAAUAGCCGGAUCGGCUCAUUGAGGGACGAGCUUGAAGCCAUGGUUCAGAAGACUACAGAAUUGGAAGAGAAACUACAGAGGAUGGAAGACGAGAAGGUGGAAUUAGAGAUGGCUUUCACUGAAAGUCAAGGUCAGCUUGAGACGUCAAGGAGUCAACUGUUGCUAACUGAGCAGAAGCUGGCAGAGCUGGAAAGGCUGCUGGUUUCAGCUAAUGAGUUGAGGCAAGCUGCCGAAGUAGAAGUGGAUGCUGUGAAUGCAAAGAGAAAGGCAACAGAGUCGCAGCUUGAAGCUUUGGAUGCAGAGGUCCAGACACUGCGUGUCAAGGUUGGUUCAUUGGAGGUAGAGGUCAAAGAAGAACGGGCAUUGUCGGCGGAAAUUGCAGUAAAGUGCCAGAAUUUGGAGGAUGAGCUAUCAAGGAAGAAACGUGAAGUCGAGCUUCGGCGGGCCGCCAGCUUGAACGAUGAGCUAAAGAUAAAACAGGAGAGGGAGCUCGCUGUAGCUGCCGGCAAGCUCGCAGAGUGCCAACAGACAAUCGCCUCUCUCGGGCGGCAGUUGAAAUCGCUGGCAACCUUAGAGGACUUCUUGCUUGAUCCUGACAUGCCAGAGCUCAAUGGUGGAUCACCCGUUCCUAGAGGCAUCGAGCAAAAGAAAUCACGCUCUAAUGAUACGUACGUUUCCAAAAAUGAAGCUGAGUCAUCGAAAACCAAUGAUGGUGCCGGUGCUUCUCCGAAUGGUAUAGAUACGGAUUCAACACCAUCGUCAUCCUCAUCCUCUUCAGCUAAUCAUGGCCCGGAGAAAAGUAGAAAAUCAUUUGGUAAACUCUUCUCUCGUAGUAAGAACGGUACUAGUCAUAUAGAAAUUCAGUGAAAAGGAGAAAUGAAAAUCUUUGGUUUUCAUUUCUUUUUCUUUUUUUUUUUUUUUUUUUUCUUUUUUUAAAUGUGGUAAAAAGAGGGGCGGAAAAACAUAUGGUAUCAGCUGAGUUGCUGAUUGAUUGGUGGUUAGAGGGUGAUUUGUUUUGAGGUGAUCUUUGGAUUGGUCGGCAGAUAGAAAAUGAAGAUUGGAAAGAAAGUUUGAAUAUUGAAACUCCACUUGGGUCUAAUCUUAGAUUAUGUUU